CGCUAUUUUUCUUUUUUGACUGUAUUUCUGGUUAGGAAGCUGCUACUACGUGCUGCAUAGCUAUGGCGUCCACAACCACCACCGAUCCCGAACACCAGCACCAUACGUUCUCAUCCAUCGGCAAGGCGGGGAAGUCAUCCGGUGAAAUUGAGGGCCUUGAUGUGCGUCUACUCAACGGUCAACGUCACUCGGAGAGGUACUCGGUAGCUGCUGCUGUUCUUCCGUUUUUUUUCCCUGCUCUUGGAGGCCUGUUAUAUGGCUUUGACAUCGGUGCCACCUCUUCUGCUACAAUCAACAUCAAGUCACCUACAUCCAGUGGUGUCUCAUGGUAUGACUUGUCCUCUGUGCAAAUUGGUCUUAUUACCAGUGGUUCACUGUAUGGAGCUUUGCUUGGUUCCAUAUUGGCUUUUAAUGUUGCUGACUUUCUAGGAAGGAGGAGGGAGCUGAUGGUGUCAGCUGCAUCGUAUAUUAUUGGUGCUCUGAUAACAACACUCGCACCGACUUUUGCAAUUAUGGUGAUUGGGCGUAUUGUAUAUGGUAUAGGCAUUGGAUUGGCAAUGCAUGCUGCUCCAAUGUACAUUGCUGAGACAGCUGUAAGUCAAAUAAGAGGUCGAUUGAUAUCCCUGAAAGAAUUUUUCAUUGUGUCAGGAAUGGUUUUAGGUUAUGUGGUUGGAAGCCUGUUGGUUGAUGUGAAAGGUGGUUGGCGAUAUAUGUAUGCAACUGCUACUCCUUUUGGAGUGGUUAUGGUUAUUGGAAUGUGGUGGCUACCUGCUUCACCAAGAUGGAUUCUCCUACGCGCAAUACAAGGAAAAGGCGAUAUGCGGGACCUACGUGAAUACGCGAUAUAUUGCUUACGUAGGCUUAGAGGUGAAGAAGCCAUGGAUGACUCAGCAUCUCAAGAAGUUGAAGAGAUUCUUGUUGAGUUAUCUUAUAUCAGUGAGGAAAAUGAAGCUACAUUUGGGGAGAUGUUUCAGGGGAAAUGCUUGAAAGCCCUGAUUAUUGGUGCAGGUUUAGUCUUGUUCCAGCAGAUAACAGGUCAACCUAGCGUAUUGUACUAUGCUGCAUCGAUUUUCCAGACUGCAGGGUUUGCUGCUGCUUCGGAUGCAACAAGGGCUUCCAUUCUACUUGGUUUGUUAAAGUUAAUCAUGACUGGUGUAGCUGUUAUGGUUGUUGACAAAGUAGGAAGGAGACCCUUGCUUCUUGGCGGAGUUUCUGGCAUCGUAGUCUCAUUAUUUCUGUUGGGAUCAUUCUACACUUACCUUGGUAACAUACCCACAGUGGCUGUUGUUGCAUUGCUUCUAUAUGUUGGAUGUUAUCAGAUAUCUUUUGGUCCCAUUGGAUGGUUGAUGAUAUCCGAGAUCUUCCCAUUACGCCUACGUGGACGUGGAUUAAGUAUAGCAGUCCUCGUGAAUUUUGGCGCCAAUGCAAUUGUCACAUUUGCAUUUUCUCCAUUAGAGACGUUGCUUGGGGCUGGCAUACUGUUCUUCAUAUUUGGAGGGAUAGCAGUGUUGUCUCUGGUUUUCAUUUUCUUCAUUGUACCAGAAACAAAAGGGCUGACUUUGGAGGAGAUUGAGGCUAAACUCCUAUAAUAUUGUGAAUUUCCGGUUGGUAUAAAGUGUGCAUAACUUUGUAUCAUAAUAAGUAUAAGAUCAUAAGAUGUAACUUUUGAGUCUUGCAUUUUGCCUAUCUUUCUCAUGUAUCAAUCUAUGUUGUGGUCUUAACAUGUAACACGGCCUGUGUAUUCAAUAUUCCUUGGAGGAAGAUUCAUCGCUCAUAAUAAUUAAAAUCUUGUAACCAUAUUAAAAAUUGCCC